AUGGAGCAAGAAGAGAAUGCUAACCACUCAGAAAAGAAUGGCAAUGGUAAAGAGAUUUUCCUUUGCGACACUCUAAGGAAGUCAGUAAAUGCUAUGCUUAUAAAACGAGGUGAAUUUUCUUGGUUGCUUGAUGAUCCUUUUAAGAAAAUGACAAAACAAAACGAUGUUAAUUUAGUCCCAAGCCACCAAGAACACACGAAAAGGAAGAAAAGUAAUGCGAUCUAUGUAACGUUGGAAAAUAUCGAAAUGGUUUGCUAUGAUGUAGAUAUCUGCACACAUGUAGGUAGUUUUCUGUAUCUUAUUUUGCAGAGAAUGAAAAUGUAUCGCUAUGCGUUAAGGGAAAAAAGCGGGCAGAUGUAA